CGUUUCUAAUUCUAGCCUUUCUUCCACAUCCAAUGAUCGCCACAAGUAACAGUUAGUUUCAUUGGCGAAUAUUUUCGUAGGUUGUGCAGACAGUGCAGCGCUGAAGUACUGAGUUCGCAACCUCCAGCAAGUAUGGAUGGCAAUGCUGCAGUCGUCCUGCUGCUAGUACUAGCAAUCGCUUCAUCGCCGCUGACCGGAGCUUCGCUAACCAAGAAGCCUAACUUUGUCUUCAUGCUCAUGGAUGACAUGGGCUGGGGAGAUCUUGGGGUCUUCGGCCAUCCGGCGAAAGAAACUCCCAACCUGGACAAGAUGGCCGCUGAUGGAAUGACGUUUCCGGAUUUCUACUCAGCUAAUCCGCUGUGCUCACCGUCGAGAGCAGCACUGCUCAGUGGAAGGCUGCCUAUUCGCAACGGUUUCUACACCACAAACGCCCAUGCCAGGAAUGCUUACACACCUCAAGUCAUAGCGGGAGGUAUUGCUGAUGAGGAGAUCCUGUUCCCGGAACUCCUGCAGAAAGCUGGCUACAAGAACAAGAUCAUAGGAAAGUGGCAUCUUGGACAGCAGCCGCAGUACUUACCUCACAAGCACGGCUUUGACGAGUGGUACGGUGCUCCCAACUGCCAUUUUGGACCGUUCAACGACAAAGGAAGUCCCAACAUCCCCAUGUAUCGUGACGAUCACAUGAUCGGCAGGCUGUAUGAGGACAGCGAGUUCAUGAUCAAUCACACUACCGGUUAUUCUAACCUGACACAGCAGUACAUUGAGGAAGCUACAACGUUCAUCAACACCCAGGCGGCCGCUGACACGCCCUUCUUGCUGUACUGGGCGGUGGACGCAACGCACGAUCCCUUGUAUGCGUCUCACGACUUCCUGGGAACAAGCGAGCGAGGGCUGUAUGGCGAUGCAGUACGUGAGUUGGACUAUGGUGUUGGUGUCAUACUGGCUGCAAUCAAGUCAGCUGGUGUUGAGGAAAACACACUAGUCAUGUUCUCGUCCGACAAUGGUGGAGCUACGUAUGCCAAGACAACCGGAGGCAGUAACGGGCCAUUCCUGUGCGGCAAGGAGACGACAUACGAAGGUGGAAUGAGGGAGCCAACCAUUGCACGGUGGCCUGGCAAGAUCGAACCUGGAACUAUCAGCCGUCAGCUCGGCAAUCUGAUGGACUGGUUCACGACAAGUCUAGACCUAGCUGGUAUUGAACUACCACAGGAUCGUAUCAUUGACGGCAUCAGCCUGGCACCAGCACUCUUCAACAAUACACCGGUGGACAGACCAAUCUUCUAUUACCGUGGCAAUGAGAUGAUGGCAGUGCGUGUCGGCAUGUACAAGGCUCACUACUGGACAUGGACUAACUUCAUGGUGGAUAUCGACAAGGGUAUAGACUACUGCCCAGGAGAGGAUGUGUCCAAUGUGACUACACACGAUCAAGUCAACAACACGGCUACACCGAUACUCAUCCACUUGGGUCGAGAUCCAGGGGAGAAGUACCCAAUAAGAUCGGGCACAGCGGAGUACAAGCAAGCAAUGGCCAUGGUACGGCCAGUCGUGGACGACCACAAAAAGAAGAUGGUUCCUGGCAAGCCAGCGUUGAACAAAUGUGACAAAGCAGUCCAGAACUGGGCACCACCAGGCUGUGAAGCACUGAAGAGGUGUCUGCCUGUUCCUGCACAUAAUGAAGUCGACUGCACUUGGGGCCAUUGAUUAGCGAGUCUUUGUCUUUGUCUUCGCCUGGUUUUGCUGGUCUUUGCCGGGUUUUGCUGGUCGUUGCCGGGUUUGGCUUGUCUUUGCCAGGUUUUGCCGGUCUUUGCUUGGUUUUGCUGGUCUUUGCCGGGUUUUGCUGGUCUUUGCCGGGUUCUUUCCAGUUUUGAGUGUGCAAGCACAGUUUUCUUGCUCUGUGCCAGGGCUGGACUCGACUUUACGUGCCACCACUGCACAUUUAUUGAAGCACGCUGUAGAUAACAGCAUCAUAGCACUACUCAUUAUAAUCAUAAUUAUUUUAUCAUGCAUCUCAAUCUCAAUGACGGGCUGAAUUCUUCUUUGCAUGGCUCCAAGAGUACACAUAACCCGGGUAAUGUACUAUUGAUGUCUCAUUCCGGCGGUUUAGCAAUGCAAAUUGCAAUGUACACACUACACACAA